AAUCAUAAAAUGGACUUCUGGAAUCUGGCAAUCAGAAUAAUUUUCUUAUCACAAAUUACAAUAGGAAUUGUAGGAAAUGUUUCUCUUUUGUUCCAUUAUCUAGUCCUUUAUUACAAAGAAUGUACAUUAAAGCCCACAGAGUUGAUUCUCACGCACCUAAUGGCAGCCAAUAUCAUAAUCAUUUUCUCUUCUGGAGUGCCCCAAACAAUGUCCAUUUGGGGGUUGAAGCAGUUCCUGAAUGAUUUUGGAUGUAAGCUCCUAUUGUACAUUCAUGCAGUUGGUCGAAGUGUGUCCAUUUGCACCACCUGCCUUUUAAGUGUCUUCCAGGCUAUGACCAUCAGUCCCAGGAAAUUCUGUGGGAAGGAUCAUAAAGCCACAAUUGAGAAGUACCUUGGAUAUUUCAUUUCCUUCCUUUGGGUUAUGUACAUCUUGGUAAAUUUUAUUUUCCUUUUGUACACAUUUAUCAAAAAGAAUAGCAAAAAUGAGACAAGAAAACGUGAUUUUGGAUACUGUUCCACUCUAGGAAGUGAUAAAAUCAGUGACUCACUCUACACAGCAUUGGUGAUGUGUCCUGAAGUCUUCUUUUCUGUUCUCAUUGCAUGGUCUGGUGGCUCCAUGAUUGUCAUUCUAUACAGACACAAGCAGAAAGUUCAAUACAUCUAUAGCACUCAUGUUUCUAGGAGAGACUAUCCUGAGUCCAGAGCCACUCAGAAUAUCCUGGCACAGGUGUUUACCUUCUUGGCUUUUUAUACUCUCUCCUCCAUCUUAAGAGGCUCCAUUGCUCUUUUUUCUAAUCCCAGUUUGUGGCUGAUGAACAUCAAUCACCUCACUUCUCUGUGUUUUCCAUCUUUUGGACCCUUUGUUCUUAUGAGUCAUUACUCCAUUGUUUCCAGAUUCAUUUUUGUCUGGUUAAGAAAAAAAUUAUGUUCUAUUUUUUUAUUAUAA